GCAAGGCACACGAUCCCGCGGCGCAAAACCACCACCACCCAAAGGUGGCCACAAACAGAGCACCUGGUGCCACCAGACAGAAACCACACACGCCAUACAUUCACCUUCACUCACGAUGCCCACCACCCUGGACACCACCAAGCCCAUCGUCCCGGUCCCCGCGCCGUGGCGGCUUAGGGGCGACGUCUACGUCGUCACCUUCUUCAACAAGGCCGGCAACCUGCCCGAGCACACCUACUCCCCGCUCGAGCGCGACUCCUCGUACGCAGACCCGGCCCUCACCGGCGCCCACCUCGGCGGCCUCAGCCAGUUCCAGAUCAUCCGCUACACCGACAGCCCCGUCGGCCCUUACGACGAGCUCAUUGUCUGUCCGGGCUACUACAACUACCAGGUCGACGACCCCACACGCCCGGGCAAGCGCCUGACCAAGAAGAACGUGCGCAUCUCGAGAAUCUACGUCUCGCAAAAGUACACGUGCUGGAAUGGGCGGACGAACUGGAACAUCCCCAAGCACCUCGCCCGCUUCACCUUCACCACCAACCCGACCGACAACUCGACGACAGUAGAGGUCUUCCCGCACGACACGACCGACGACACGGCCAACCCCUCAGUCCAGUCUCUAGGCUCCGAGUCCCAGCCCGCCACGGUGCCCUUCUUCCGCGCCACCUUCCACCCGCAGCGCUUCGUCCCUUCUUUCCCCUUGUCCUUAUCCUGGAUCUCCGCGCUCGGGAUGGACAUUGGCCUCGUGCAACCCCCCUUGCCGGGCAACCAGGACGCCUCGCAGGGGGAGUUGCCGGGGACGCAGCGCUGGUGCAAGAUCGGCCCCAACCAGUCCACGCGCAAUGCGUCGAUCGGGUGGCUCGACAUGAAGCAGACUGCCGACGAUGGUGGGGAAGGGGAAGGGGCCGCCAAGAAGGGCGCGGUGACGACCACGGCGGGGCAGAUCCCCGGGUGCGAGAACUUUUGGCCCGGCAUGGGCCGCUGGCAGCUCGCCAUCAAGAUGGACGACGCCGAGAUCGACUUUGGUCACGCGACGUAUUGGGAGACGCCAAAGACCAUGAUGUAGACGGGAAGAGGCAGGGGACUUGCACUGUUUGCGAAGAAGCUGGCGUUUGGGCGCGUUUCUCUUUUUGUUUUAGCCUGCGAGUGUGUUUUGCAACUUUGGUAAAGCGAGAUGUUUUUGAUGAUGAUGGCGAGACACUCUCCAGUUCU